AUGGCUGGUCCAGAGGAGAUGUCAGAUGUGCAGCCCACUGGCGUCAAAAGACCCUCAAUAGACAUUGAUACUCUGCAGCGGAAGAAGUUCAAGAUCGAUGAGCUGCCUCUGUCUGCAGCGCAGCAUUCGGCCCUCGAUGAUCUUCUCCAUUCAUUCAAGAAAAAGGGUGGAUUCGAUAGUGUGCGGAAGAAAAUAUGGGCAGAAUUCGAUGAGGGGGAGCCAAAGGCAGAGUUUACAAAGCUAUUGGUCGAACUAGCAGAGUCGGAAAUCGAUCGCGAACCUGAACUUCUAUCCCGUGAAAGAGGAAAAGCUGCGACCUUGAUUGAAGGAGCCGUCGACCGAAGCGACAUCUACAAGACUGUGGAAAACUCACUUGACGCAUUGGCCUCUAAUCAUUUGGGGUUUAUUCUGGAAUCGGUCAGAGAGAUUCGUUAUCAGGAAGCAGGGAAUGAGGUCGCCUCUAGGGAGGAAAAAGCCGGGAACAAAACCGAUGAGGACUUCGCAGCAGAGGUUAAAGCUAAACGCGAUGUGCGCGAGGAGGCCUGGCAGGAACAAAUGCGCAUACAGAACGAAAUUGAUGAGGAGAAAGCGCGGGUGAAGGCCGAAGAAAAACGUAAACGGCGGGAGAUUGAACGCCAAAAAGACGAAGAGGAAAGGGCCAAGCGGAAAGAACGUGAUGAGAAACGACGUGCAGAGCGGGAGCAAAUGCGUGAGGAACAACGGGCACUCGAUGACCAACGGGAGCGGGAACGCCAAGAGAGAUAUGAGCGGCGGCGACGAGAAGACCGCGACCGAUAUCGCGAUUGGGAACGGGACCGAGAACGCAACCGCAGUCGAACGAGAGAUCGUGACUGGGAUAGAGACUAUGACCGCGGUCGUGACCGAGAUCGCGGUCUGUCCCCGCUCCGUCGUGAUUCAAGGAAAGAGAAAUCUCCAACGCCGAAGGAUCCCACCCCUGCACCUCCACCUCCGCCUGUGGAUGAGAAGUCCUUGGAGGAGGCUGCUCUGCAACUUCUGCUGAAGGAAGGUGAAGAAUUAGCAGCCAAGGCUCGACAGAAACCCGAGUUUGAUUUCGAAGAAGCAGAGGCCAUUGAGAACGGACUCAAGCCGCCGCAGGCGCCACGAGCAAAGAGUGCGGGUGAAUCAAGGGCCUCUAACACCUCCGUUAAAUCUGGAAGUCCACCUCGGGAGCCCCAGCAUCAGAAAAGGCGGGAAUCGACGGCCGACAAACCACGGGCCCGCAGCCGCUCACGCAGACGACAUACGUCCCGAUUUGAUGCAGAUCGUCGACGGGAUCGGUCGAGGGAAGAGCCUGACCGAGCUCGCGAACGUGAUGAUAAUGACAGACUCGCAAUUCGUGACUUCCGUCAUGAUCGGUUUGGUGACAGGAGUUACCGACCCAGCCGCCGGAGCAGGAGCAGGAGCAGAUCUACUGGUCGACAUGAUCGUGAGAGCGAUCGGCCACGAGACCGUGCACGAUCUUCGAUAGGACGAGACAGAGACAAUGACCAUCGUACCCGGGACCGCAGCCGAGAUCGGGACCGAGACCGGGAUAGGGAUCGCGACAGGGAUCGAGACCGAGGCAGAGAUCGUAAUGACUAUCGUCGGCGGCGCAGCUUCUAUUCUCGCUCCCGCUCCCGUUCUCGCGCACGAUACCACUCACGCGUCAGAGACCGGGAUCGGGAACGUGACAGGGAAAGGGACAGAGAUAGAGACCGGGACACAAAUCAGGAUCGAGAUCGGGACAGGGACAGGGACACAAACAGAGAGCGGGAUAGGGAUCGGGAUAGAGACCGCAACCGCGAGCGAGAAGGUUCUAAUUCCCACGCUCGUGCUUCCUCGAGACGACGGUCAAGAUCCCGUCGUCGAUCCCGCUCUCGUCGACGUUCACCUAGUCUUCUCGACAUUGAUCGCUACGUACCCUCCACUAGCAACCGAAGCAGAUCACCACGUCGCCGGGUCCGGUCCCCAGAGCGGGAGGACCGCGCCGGUGACCGUCCAGAGCGCCCUGAGCGUACUGAACGCACCGAACGCAACGACCGUUCUGACCGUCCGGAGCGUGAAGACCGACGGGCAUUUGAUCGGUAUAUACCAGGUGCAGAGCGGGACCGGGACCGGGAUCGCGAAGCAGAACGAAGUCAAGAAAAAGACGAUCGAAGGCCGCGAAGGAGAAGUCCCAGCCGACGGAGGAGUCGAAGUCGGUAA